AAUCAAACUUCAGAACCAGCAUAGCCUGAGAGCACCUUGACACUCAGAUUCCACAAUCUAUGGAGAAAGUGUUCUGCUGUGGCAUGAAAUAAAUGAAACAGAAAAUGAUGGCAAGACUUCUAAGAACAUCUUUUGCUUUGCUCUUCCUUGGCCUCUUUGGGGUGCUGGGGACAGCAACAAUUUCAUGCAGAAAUGAAGAAGGGAAAGCUGUGGACUGGUUUAUCUUUUAUAAGUUACCUAAAAGACAAAACAAGGAAAGUGAAGAGACUGGGUUAGAGUACCUGUACUUAGACUCUACAACUAGAAGCUGGAGGAAGAGUGAGCAACUAAUGAAUACCACCAAGAGUGUUUUGGGAAGGACAUUACAACAGCUAUAUGAAGCAUAUGCCUCCAAGGUAACCCUUGAACCAUGCUGGGGUUGGGGGACCAGCCCUCAUGCAGUCAAAAAUUUAUGUAGUAACAACACAGCCUAUCUAAUAUACAAUGAUGGAGUCCCUAAAUCUGUGAAUUACAGCAGGAAGUAUGGACACACCAAAGGUUUACUGCUGUGGAACAGAGUCCAAGGGUUCUGGCUGAUUCAUUCUAUUCCUCAGUUUCCUCCAAUUCCGGAAGAAGGCUAUGAUUAUCCACCCACAGGGAGACGAAAUGGACAAAGUGGCAUCUGCAUAACUUUCAAGUACAACCAGUAUAAGGCAAUAGAUUCUCAGCUCUUGGUCUGCAACCCAAAUGUCUAUAGCUGUUUCAUUCCGGCCACCUUUCACCAGGAGCUCAUUCACAUGCCCCAGCUAUGUACCAGGGCCAGCUCAUCAGAGAGUCCCAGCAGGCUCCUCACCACACUUCAGUCAGCCCAGGGACAAAAAUUCCUCCAUUUUGCAAAGUCUGAUUCUUUUCUUGACGACAUCUUUGCAGCCUGGAUGGCUCAACGGCUGAAGACACACUUGUUAACAGAAACCUGGCAGCGAAAAAGACAAGAGCUUCCUUCAAACUGCUCCUUUCCUUACCAUGUCUACAAUAUCAAAGCAAUUAAGUUAUCACGACACUCUUAUUUCAGUUCUUAUCAGGAUCAUGCCAAGUGGUGUAUUUCCCAAAAGGGCACCAAAAAUCACUGGACAUGUAUUGGAGACCUAAAUCGGAGUCCACACCAAGCCUUCAGAAGUGGAGGAUUCAUUUGCACCCAGAAUUGGCAUAUUUACCAAGCAUUUCAAGGAUUAGUAUUAUAUUAUGAAAGCUGUGACUAAACUUGGUGAAAGGACGCAUGCACUGUCACAGAAAACCUUGACAAUGGGUCUUCUUCCAUUAGUCCUUCAUUAUAUUUUGAAAGCCUGUUUAUAUACUCAUAACCUGCAUAUCACAAAAUAGAACACUUUUCUCUCAUGUUUACCAUUUAAUCUCUUAUUUAAUAGCAAUUUAUUUACUUUGCAUUUAUAUACCAUAAACAUAAACCACUAUACAUAACUGAGAACAGAGGAAAUAAAAGGAACAAUAUUUUUCCACAUUAGUCAACUCCAAUUAUUUAUUGAUUGACUGUCCACCUAGUAGAUUAAAUUUCAUCUCCUUCACAAAGACUUCCCUGAUCUCUUCCCCACCCUUUUUUUGAAGGAAAACAAACAGCUCUUUCUGCAUAUUCUUGCAUACUAUUUGGCCAUAUUGCUCCUGAAGUUCUCUCUCACUGGUUUAUGGUUAAGACUUAUUUGUCAUUCUUUCAGCUGCUACUUACUAAUUGUAUGAUCUUGAACCAUUCACUUGGAUUCUCUGAACCUUGCUUUUGUUUCAUCUAUGAAAAGGAGAUAACAUCUAGGUAUAUCAAGCACCUAGCAUAGAGCCAGGCACAUAGACGACACUUAAAAAUACUGGUGGAAUUUGAGUUUGAAUUCCAGCAAAAAAAAAAAAAAAAAAAAAAAAAAAAAAAAAAAAAAAAAAAAAAAAAAAAAAAAAAAAAAAAAAAAA